AUGGCCUCCUCCGUCGCCCAGAAACGUCUCUUCCACGAAUACAAGAACCUCUCAACAAACCCCCCGGAGGGAAUCACCGCCGGCCCCGUCACCGAAGAUGACAUGUUCCAUUGGGAAGCCCUGAUCCAAGGCCCCGAAGGCACCCCCUUCGACGGCGGCGUCUUCGCAGCCGAACUCAAAUUCCCAAGAGACUACCCCCUGAGCCCGCCAACAAUGAAGUUUAUCGGCGGCGGCGUCUGGCACCCGAACGUCUAUCCCAAUGGAACGGUUUGCAUUUCGAUCCUUCAUCCCCCCGGCGAUGACCCGAAUCAUUAUGAACAUGCCUCUGAGCGCUGGUCGCCUAUUCAAAGCGUGGAGAAGAUCCUUCUUUCGGUUAUGAGCAUGCUUGCUGAGCCGAAUGAUGAGAGCCCGGCUAAUGUUGAGGCUGCUAAGAUGUGGCGCGAGCGGAGGGCGGAGUAUGAGAAGAAGGUUCGGGAUGAGGUCAAGAAGGGUCUGGGGCUUUGA